AUGGGCGCGCUGCUGCUGUGGCUGCUGUUGUCCCGGGCCGGGCUCGGGGGGCUGGGGGAGUUGGGGCGGGGCGUGAGGACCCAGGGGGACUUACCUGCUCAACUCCCCCCAGGGUCGCUGGAUGGGGACCUAGGGUCCCUGAAUCCAGGUGCCGCGAAGUGGAACGUGCUCACGACACCCUGCGGCCGCCGGAAGAUCCCCACGCGCGUGGUGGGAGGCCAGGACGCGGAGCUGGGGAGCUGGCCGUGGCAGGGCAGCCUGCGCCUGUGGGGCAGCCACGUGUGCGGAUGCAGCCUGCUCAGUCGCCGCUGGGUGCUCACGGCCGCACACUGCUUGGAACAGAGCAGUGACCCCUUUCCUUGGAGUGUCCAGUUUGGCGAGCUGUCUGCUGUGCCGUCCAUCUGGAACCUGCAGGCCUACGAGAACCGUUACAGUGUGGAGAGGAUCGUGAGGUACCCUAGGUUCAUGGGCUCGUCACCCUACGACAUCGCCCUGCUGAAGCUAUCCUCCUCUGUCACCUACAAGGAGUACGUCCAGCCCAUCUGUGUCGUGAACUCCACCGUGGAAUUCCAGAACCGGACUGACUGCUGGGUGACCGGCUGGGGGGACAUCAUGGAGAACAAGGAGCUGGAGCCUCCGUAUAACCUGCAGGAAGUACAGAUCUCCAUCAUAAACAACACCAUGUGUAACCACCUAUACCAACAGCCCGAUUUCCGCCAUAACAUCUUUGGAGACAUGGUUUGCGCUGGCGAGCCAGGAGGUGGCAAAGACUCCUGCUUUGGUGACUCGGGUGGACCCCUGGUCUGCGAAGUGGACAGCGUGUGGUAUCAGGUCGGAGUCGUGAGCUGGGGCGUGGGCUGCGGUCGCCCGAACCGGCCAGGUGUCUACACCAACGUCAGUGAGCAUUUCCACUGGAUCCAGAGGCUGAUAAGCUGUGGCCCAUUGAGGACAGACCCCUCCUCACUGCUGCUGCUGCUGGCUGUGCUCUGGGCGCCCCUGCUUCUGCAGCCGGUCUGA